AUGCCUCUCCGCUCCCUGUCGUCGUUAGCUGGCUGCACGCCGCCCCUUCGCUCGUUAGACCUUUCUUUCGAUCCUCUUUCUUGCCCGUCGAUCGGCGCAUAUCGCAUCGCCGCCAUCUCCCCGCGCUUCGGCGGAAGCUACAUUUUUGGUGCAGUCGCAACCAGCCUCAGCCAGCUGCUCGGCCUGGGCCAGCCCAUCUGUCUCGUGGUGGCAGACAAUAACCGCACAUAUUACGGUCGUCUCGCUCAAAUCUGUGCCGUAGGCGCGUCGAAAGUUCUCUUCCGUGUUGUGUCCGACCUCGGUGACUCCUACCUCCUCGUAUGUGAGGAGGCAGCGUGCGAGCUACCUCUAGCCGCGAAGAUGCGGAAGUGGUUUAUGCCCUCGAAGUGGCUAGCCAUCUUCCAGUUCCACACCGAUGUCCAAUACGCCGACGUCUCACCACUCCGUCCGUACUAUCAUCGCCCGCCUGCUCCGAAGCCGUCGUUCGUAACGUUGAUGUGGAGUUCAACGGAAGACUGGGUGCACGCAGUGUAA